AUGAAAACAAACUCAGAAAGUUCGGGUUGCUAUAAUGCAGGCUAUGAAAUUGUUAAUAAGGCAGAAUGGGAACUGAUAGAAAGAAGGCUGGAAGAAAACUACAUUGUUUGUGAAGGAGUUUGUUUACCAAGAUGCAUCCUUUAUGCACAUUAUUUGGACUUCUGCAGAAAAGAGAAGCUGGAACCUGCUUGUGCUGCAACUUUUGGGAAGACCAUUCGCCAGAAAUUCCCUCUCCUUACCACAAGGCGGCUUGGAACAAGGGGCCACUCAAAGUACCACUAUUAUGGAAUUGGCAUUAAAGAAAGCAGCGCAUACUACCAUUCUGUGUAUUCUGGAAAAGGCUUAACCAGGUUUUCUGGAAGUAAGCUAAAAAAUGAGGGUGGUUUUACUCGUAAAUAUUCUCUGAGUUCCAAAACUGGAACACUCCUCCCAGAGUUUCCAAGUGCUCAACACCUUUUGCUUCAAGGGUGCAUUUCUAAAGACAAGGUAGAUACUCUUAUUAUGAUGUACAAAACACACUGUCAGUGUGUCCUUGACAAUGCAAUUAAUGGGAACUUCGAAGAGAUUCAACAUUUCUUAUUACAUUUUUGGCAAGGAAUGCCUGAUCAUCUUCUUCCCCUGCUUGAAAAUCCCAUCAUCAUUGACAUCUUCUGUGUCUGUGACUCAAUACUAUAUAAGGUUCUUACAGAUGUACUCAUCCCUGCAACAAUGCAAGAAAUGCCAGAAAGUUUACUGGCAGAUAUAAGGAAUUUUGCGAAAAACUGGGAACAAUGGGUUGUUUCCUCUUUAGAAAAUCUACCAGAAAACCUAACAGAUAAGAAAUUGCCUAUUGCAAGAAGAUUUGUUUCCUCCCUGAAACGACAGACGUCAUUCUUACACCUAGCACAGAUUGCUCGGCCAGCACUGUUUGAUCAGCAUGUGGUGAAUUCCAUGGUGUCAGAUAUUGAAAAAGUUGAUUUGAAUAGUAUUGGUUCUCAGGCACUCCUUGCAGUCUCCGGGAGCACAGACUCUGAUGGGGAGGUCUACAGUGAAUAUGACUCUAUUACAGUGUUCCAAGAACUGAAGGACCUUCUAAAGAAGAAUGCCACUGUGGAAUCAUUUAUUGAAUGGUUGGAUACUGUGGUUGAGCAAAGGGUUAUCAAGGCAAGCAAGCAAAAUGGGAGGUCUUUAAAGAAGAGAGCUCAAGACUUCCUUCUGAAAUGGAGCUUUUUUGGUGCUCGAGUGAUGCAUAAUCUAACCCUAAACAACGCAUCAAGUUUUGGUUCUUUUCAUUUGAUCCGCAUGUUACUAGAUGAGUACAUCCUGCUUGCCAUGGAGACACAGUUCAACAAUGACAAAGAACAAGAACUCCAGAAUCUACUGGAUAAAUACAUGAAGAAUUUAGAUGCAAGCAAAGCCACCUUCACUGCAUCACCAAGCUCUUGCUUCCUAGCAAAUCGUAACAAAACUGCUCCUCUGCCCAGUGACACUUCAGUCAAGAAUGAGUGUCUAGCAGAGCAAACCUAUGUGUCCUUGUCGGCUAGCCAGGCCAGCAGCAUACCUUCUGGUCUGAACUCCUUCACCACUGGAGACAGCGAGAACAUGCAGCUGACAGAUCAAAUGGAGCUGUCUCAAAGCACUGGCCACCUCAUGACUCCACCUAUUUCACCAGCCAUGGUCAGCCGAGGAAGUGUUAUCAACCAGGGGCCAAUGGCUGUGAGACCUCCAAGUGUAGGUCCCGUGUUAUCGACACAUUCACAGUGCUCUUCUUACUCAGAACCUCUUUAUCAGACUUUGUCACAAACUAAUCAGAAUUACUACGGAAACAAUUCCAAUUACCAGGCUAUGUUCAGAACACAAGCCCAUUCCACUUCAGGAGCUUACGACCACAGAGCAGAGCACAGCCGAUUCAAUGCCUUCAGUGAACAGCAGUUCUCCAGAGACUACUUCAGCAACAGUUGUGCUGUGUCUCCAUACAAUGCCAGAUCCCCUUCCAGCUAUGGUCCCUCAAACGUGUCUCAGGACACACACAAUAUGCAGUUUCUGAAUACUGGGAGUUUCAAUUUCUUGAACAACUCAGUGCCUACAUGUCCAGGAGCAGCAUAUCCUGCUAAUGCUUCCAAUGGAUAUUAUGGAAACAGCAUAAAUUAUUCAGAAUCUCAUAGACUUGGAACAAUGGUGGAUCAGCAUGUUUCUGUAAUAAGCAGUGUAAGCAGCAUUCGAUCACUGCCAUCGUACAGUGAUAUACAUGAUCCACUGAAUAUCUUGGAUGACAGUGGAAGAAAACAAACGGGCUCAUACUACACAGAGUCCUCACCAUCAAUUGUCUGCCGGACUCCUAUGCCUUCAAACUUACAAACCACAUCUUCUUCACAAUGUAUGUAUGGAACACCUGGUCCGUUCCCUUCUCAGGAAAAUCUGGAUGUCCAUGGCCCACCAAGCAGAGACAUGGUGUCAUCGUUACCACCAAUCAACACUGUCUUCAUGGGAGCAGCUGCUGGAGGAACCUAA